GACGUCAAUGCACCACAUCACACAUCCUGUUUGAUAACGUUAUAAAUAUAAACGAUUUUUCACUGGUGUUAUUAUGUGUUCUCUAAAAUAAUUGUUAAUUUAUAUUGUGUUUUUAGUUUUCACUCAACUAUUUGACGAUGGAAGUUACUGUUAAAGCGUUCCUUGUUUGUCUGUUUUCAGUUCUUACUGUAUCAGUUUUAGGACAGGAUGGUGAAUACAGCCGUCAACGUCGCCCACGACCCGAUUUACCUGGUGCAAAUAGAUGUAGAUGGGGAUCAGCAGGAGUAUGUGGGGGCUUUGUCAAUGCUGGUUGUCCACCAGGUAGCUACUGUAACAGAAAUGUAUGGCCGACACAAACUGCAGGACUAUGUUGUAGAGAUAGACCAGAUGUAGAAAGGAGGUGUCCAUUUGGUCAACGAGGUGUGUGUGGAACGAUUGCGGGUCGUCAAUGUGGACCAGGCACUAGGUGUAUGUUUAUGGGAAAUUUCCCAGAUGCCGGGGGAAAGUGUUGUAUUAUACGACCAAGGCCAAACGAAGGAAGGUGUCCACCAUCCUCUGGUUUAGCGGGAAUAUGUUUGUUUGACCCAAACAGAAAUUGUCUGUCCGAUAGAGAGUGCAGAAGGGGACAAUUAUGUUGCUCAGAAGGAUGCGGAAGUGUCUGUAAAAAUGCAAUUUAUGGUCCAGAUCCUGUACAAUAUUAAUUGUAUCUCCAUACCAUCAUAUCCAUAUUAUUUAUUCUGCCAUUUAAAAUGAUUAAAAUAUAAUGUGCAAUAUCUUUCAAA